GCCAUUGUCAGAACAGAACAGAGCAUUGUUUACCAUUCCACAUUCUCGGAUUGAUUUACUUCUUACGCCGUCGACCGUCGUCCUGUCUCUGUAGAAAAACUAACCCGCCGGAGAUAUUUUCCGAUGGCCGCCGCAGACACCAAGAUUCUCUCCAUCGGAGGCACCGGUUUCAUUGGAAAGUUCAUCGUGGAAGCAAGCCUCAAAGCUGGCCACCCCACCUACCUCCUCAUCCGAGAGUCCUCUCUUUCCGAUCCAGCAAGAUCACCCAUUAUCCAAAAAUUCAAGACCAUGGGUGCCAACAUUGUUUUUGGAGAUCUAUAUGAUCAUAAGAGUUUGGUUGAUGCAAUAAAGAAGGUGGAUGUGGUUAUCUCUACUGUGGGUCAUGUACUGCUUGCUGAACAAUAUAGGAUCAUUGCUGCCAUUAAAGAAGCAGGAAAUGUGAAGAGAUUCUUUCCUUCAGAGUUUGGGAAUGAUGUGGACCGGACUCAUGCCGUGGAUCCGGCAAAGAGCACAUACCAGGUGAAGGUCAAUGUUCGCAGAGCCAUUGAGGCGGAAGGAAUUCCCCACACCAUUGUGUCCUGCAACUUUUUUGCUAGUUACUUCCUGUCCACUUUGUCACAGCCUGGAGUCACAACUCCCCCAAGGGAUAAAGUAGUUAUCCUAGGGGAUGGAAACCCCAAAUGUGUUUUUAACAAGGAAGAUGACAUUGGCACCUAUACCAUCAGAGCUGUUAGUGAUCCAAGAACCUUGAACAAGAUCCUAUACAUCAGACCUCCAGCCAACACCUUGUCAUUUAAUGACCUGGUUUCUCUUUGGGAGAAGAAAAUUGGUAAGACUCUUGAAAGAGUCUAUGUUCCUGAGGAUCAAGUCUUGAAGCAAAUUAAAGAGUCCCCUGUACCCAACAGUGUGAUGCUGGCAAUCAGUCAUGCUGUCUAUGUGAAAGGAGAUCAAACCAACUUUGAAAUUGAGCAAUCCUUUGGAGUAGAAGCAUCAUCGCUCUAUCCAGAUGUUAAGUACACCACUGUGGAUGAGCUCCUUGAUCAAUUUGUCUGAGGGAAAAAAAAAAACAAUUCAGAACUUUUGUAAUGCUAACUUAUUUGUCCAUUUUGAGUUUAAAAUAAAUUAAGUUGAUAGUAUUGUAAUACCAUUGCCCUUAAUCAACAGUGCUGGACUUACAAAAAGACAACAGCGAUGGAUGAAACUUGUUGGCCCAGCUCCUGGCAAAUGAUCUCCCUUAUAUUUCCCCUCCCCUUUCUUAGUAGUACUUACUCACCCUAGAGGCUUUAAUGCAACAAAUUAUUAUUAUUUCCCAGACUUUCUUAAAAGAUAGUAUAAUUAGGAAAUGAGUGAAAAAUAGAGUUCUAAUAGAUAUUAUUUUUUC